AUGAUUUUGGCACUUUUAGUAGUUUAUGUUCCUGAUGGUAAAACUCAAGCAGCAACAAAAACAUCAACAUCAACAUUAUCCUCUAUGAGGACUACCACAUCAUCAACUUCCCCCUUUCGUAUUACGCGGGCGCGUUCGACGUCACCUUUAUCGUCUUUAUCAUCGAACCCUUCCACCAGCGCCACUGCGACAACAGCCUCUCUAUCAUCGAUCUCUUCCAGCGCCGCGACAACAAUCGCAAGACCGUUACCGUUAGUCAGUGUUAAUGGAACGGUCAGCGGAGUUUACAAUACAACUAUUGGUGGUAAUAGCACAGCCUCAACAAGUGGUUACGGAAUGGGUCAAUAUCCCGCUACUGAAAAGCCAUCCUAUGCAUGUGAAAAUCUUUUGCAUAAUUGA